CGAAAGCCUGUAGGAGAGGGUUGGAGGAGUGCGCGCGCGCUUCUUAGCCUCGACUCAACGCUCUUGCGCAGUAGUCAGUCAGUGAUCGCUCGGACGCCACACGCGUUACACGUAUUACCUGUUCGAAACAAAAAAAAAAAACACCCGACCCCGAGUGACCCCAAGUGCACGAACGAAACGACAUCGCGAUACCGCGAAAUAACUUAUUAAUUUAAACAACUAACCGCUUCGCUAUAACAUACGUGAGCUUAUUUAACUGUUUACAAACGCAAAUUAACAUAAGGUGAUAUAUUAAGGACGGUGAUAUUAAGUUUUGACUUGAUUAAAUGUUAGCGAUCGUCCCGUGUUGAGCAGAGGCAGGGCGCUAAGUAUGUCGGAGGGAGACGUGUCCUUGAUUCGUGACGAAGACGUGCUACGUCGGAUGUGGCAGCAGACUGAAGAUUUCUCCCGGAAGAAAGAAAUUCGAACUCACAUGUAUAAACUUCGAGAGGAACGCCUCCGCAACCUUUACUCGCCCGAACCCGGCGCGGAAGUUAAAGGUUGUGAGUUUUCAUCAACCCAAGGCCACGUGAAAUCAUUCGCUGACCAGAGCUUCCAAUCCAUGAAGAGCAAGGAGGUGCGGGAUGCGGGCUCCCCACCCAAGGAAUUUACAUACCGCGGCCAAGAUCUCAAGGAGCUAUCCAAUGCUGGUUGGAACGUGGAAUCUGAGAACAGAACAACAGACGAUGGCCGUACGCACGUGAAAUCAAUCCACGCCAACAUCGAGGGUCAGUACGACGUCGAUGGAGGCCGUGGGCAGUUUGCCGCAGUCGAUCAUAAUAAGCAAGCGAUCACUGAAUAUGACGACGGAAACACAAGCCUCAAGCGCAAUGAAAAUGUCUCCAACACUGCAGCUCAUGAACAAGUCGUUCGCAAAACUGACGAUGGGACUCAAUUCUCAUCAACGACAAGUUCAUCGACGUCUACGUCUAAAUUUGAACAAAUAUCCUCGAAACACGAAUCUGUGCCAUAUACUAAUGAUAAUUAUGACCUUUCCUCUGAGAAAUGCUACGAUACUAACCGAAACGAAAACUUGACUUCGAAUAGAUUGACUAAAACAACUGAGUACGAACAAAAUUUAAGGAACGAUUUUGAUAAUGGUGACGUGAUAUCAAGAAAAGUAGAGUACCCCGAUGAAAACACUAAAGUAAUAGUGGAGACCCGACGUCUUCCCGACGGAACUAGGGUGACAAGCACUCGUAGAGAGUUCCGUGCCCCAGCAGUGCAGACUAGUCGCUCAGAACAGCAUUCACAUCAAAUUAAGACUGAAAGUAAAUCUUCAUCUUAUGCUGCAACUCAGCAACGGUCACAUAUUAAUGAAUCCUCCUCGAAAACCAUUCGGGAAACUAUCGAUAAUUCUAAGCAAGAUAUUGUCGAUUCACAGAAGACUAUUGAUGAUUUCGAAUUCAAAAGACAUCAUGAUUUUGAUCAUUCCCAUAACAAAGUUCUUGAACAUGAUACAAGGAACAAAAUAAACGACAGCAAACGCGAUACAACGAUAUAUGAUACCCAUGUGGAUGAUAAUACGCGCCGUGAAGUUUUUACUACACAUGACGAUGAAAAUACUAAACGCAGUGAUAUAAAUGAAGUUCAGUCUACGAAGAACGUCGAAGAACGUGUUCACAAUAUUACUCGUGAAAAUGUUAUUGUGGAAAGGAAAACUAGCUCUGAUCAAUAUCAAUCAACAUAUCAGUCUGAUUACAGUCAGAGAAAAAUAAGCAAUGAGUGGAGUCCAGCUCAUCAAGCAUGGGCAAGCACACUUCGGUCUGAUACACCAACAAGACCAUCCACUAGAGCUUCUUCUCCGGGAAGUAAAACGUUUAAAUCUAGCACGUCUUCUUUAAGAAGCAGCGUAAGUCCUGAUAAAUCACAAAGGAAACCUUCUAGUCGAGGUGGAAGCCCAAGUAAAAUAGAUAGACAUUCUCCAUCCACUACUGUUACAGAAAAAUAUUCCAGUAAUUACUCAACUAAUACAGUUACAGAAAAGACAAAUAGAUAUGUAAGUCCAGACGAGAAAAUGCAAGAUAACUAUCGUCCACGAUCUAGUGCGAGUCCCGAAAAACGACACUAUCCUACACGAGGACCUAGUUCAAGCCCAGACAGGAAGUUUAGAGAUUACAAACCUGACCAUUCAAGACCAAAAUCUCCGAUCAAACGUAAUGAAAAUACAUUUCCGACAACUAAUAUAAGUCCAGACAGAAAGACACAAGAUAAUUACCGUCCACGAUCAAGCGCAAGCCCAGAAAAACCGCAUUAUCCUGCACGAGGACCUAGUUCAAGCCCAGACAGAAAAUUCAGAGAUUUUGAACCUAAUGAUUUCAGAUCAAAGUCUCCAGUCAAACCUAAUGAUUAUACAUCUCAAAGGUCCAAUUUAAGUCCCGACAGAAAAAUAAAGACAAGUCGAACUUCUCCUUCUCCAUCGGAUGAUAUGUAUCCUCGCAGUCCAUCACCGAAAAGACAAUUUCCAGAUGCGAAAGAAAGAAAACCAUAUCAUGACACAGACGUAUUAGUGAAAGAUAAUAAAGUGGACAUGUUCCCUUCGUCACCAACUAAAUCUAAACCAAGUGAACCUUUUGAGUCAAAAAGAAAUCUAAGCCCAAGUCCAGACCGCAAAAUUAAGCAAAAACCGUCUUCUCCAACAAAGAGUGUAUCUGAGCCAAUUCAAAAGUUACCCAAAGAAUCAUCACCAUCAACAAAGAUAUCAAAAGAGACAAGAAAUGAAAAUGAUAAUAUGCCAGGUUAUAUGCGGCCAACUGCUGCUAGUAAAUCAACACCCACUGAUGAUUCUUACCAUCUACCAAACAAAUCGGAGCCUAGUAGUAAAAUAUCUAAAUAUCGUACACCCGAGAGUCCUGAACGUAAAAUCUAUGAAACGUCAAUAAAUACAGUUAAAGAAGACCAUUACAAGUUUAUUGAUGAAGAAACGAAGAUGUACACGAAAAAAACAAGUGAAGUGCAAAUUAAAACAGAUUCAAAAGACAUAAAUGAGUCUAAACAAUCACUGAAGGAACGUUCGCCAAGUCCUACUAAAUAUUUACAAAAAAGCCCCCAUUCUACGCCUAGAAGCAGUCCAGCUAAAGACGUUCCAAAUGACGCACUUCUUUCGAACGACAAACCCCAUAGACCCAGCUAUUCACCGACUAGGAACAAAUCUUCGAAAAAUGAUUUCGUGUCUACAAGUACAGUUGAAACAAAUAAAACUACAAUAGUUUCAACUGGUAAUGAAACUCUGCCACAAAACCUUAAAUCUCCUAGUCCUAAUAAGUCGGUAUCACCGACGAGACAUGUAACGAACAAAGAUGAACCAAUAUCUGAUAAUCCUAAGAAGUUAGCUGAAACUCCUACCCAAGAUACGCCUAACCGAAAAUCACCUGAUCGUGUCCAUAGUACUCCUAGACAAAAGAGUCCUGAGAAAAAAGAUAAAUCUUUUCCUCAUGGACGUAGUCCGUCACCGACAAAAGAUACUAAAUUAACUAUUAAUAAUCAAGAAAUAGCGACUAGCUAUGAAGAAACUGUUGAUACUGAAGAAAAUUCUAGAUACACCAAAACAACAAAAAUUGACAACUAUAGAGAGGAUACAAGAAAAGAAAGUAAUGAUACAGUCGUUAUUGAUAAAGAUUUUAAAAAUCCAAACAAUCAACAGAGGGAACAUUCACCAUCCAAAAAUUACAACAACAAACCUGUUAAAAACGAUAAACCCGAAGUUACACAAGACUCAAGCCCCAAUGCUCCAAAAUCAAAUCGUGCUCCAUCACAUACAUCCAUUGAAAAAUCUCCUAGAAACAGUGCUUCUCCCACUAAAUCACCAGUUAGAGAUAAUAAGUACAAGCUAGCUUCUGAUUUUAUUAAUAUAGAAAAGACAACUGAAGAAACUAAUAAGAACACUCUGACUCGGCCUAGGCAGCUUAUCACGCCUUCAACAAGUCCAACUAGAAAACCAAAACUUGCUGAAUAUGCACCGUCUUCGGGACAAAGUUCACCAACAACGUCCGUGAGUGGCUUUGAAUACUUUUCACACCGUCCAGAUAAACAUAUCGUCACAGAUUUAGACGAACAAUGUUACACUGAGAAUACAACAGAUUUUAUCAAUUAUGAAAAAACGACGGAUAUUAAAAGUCCACUCUCUUCAAAAAUUCCCCGUAGAUCACCAUCACCAGAAAGACGCCCUAUAAAAGAAAGUCUUCCAAGAAAAAGUUCUUUGAAAAAACCAAGUAACCAGAUAUCACCGACAGAAAAACCUCCAUCAAAUUUCGUCGUUUCACCUAAUUUAGAAAAUAAAGAAUUCAUUGACCAUAAAGUUACAAUUAAAGAUUGCCCGAAUAAAGAAAAGGAUAAACCAGUCAAACCCAAACCACCAUUUGAAAGGCGUGAAACAUAUGAAGAGAGAUGUCGAAAGAUUUUAGGCAUGAUUGAAACAGACUCAAACGAAACUGAAACAGUUUCAAAAGAAACAACAAAAUUUGUUCAGAAUCCAGACUCUGAUUUUAGAUCACCAAGUGUAUCGCCCUGUCACAGUCCUGACCCAGAUGAUCACUUAGUUCCUAAAGACACUGUAGAGAAAACCUCAAAAAUAACUAAAGAGGAUGCACGCUUGGUAAGUGAAUCUAUAUUCGAUACAAAAACUACUGUUUCUCUUGAUAAUAUUUCAGUGAUACGCAAAACAAAUAAAAAUCCAUCUCGCGAAACAUCUCCAACCAAACUACAAGAUAUCACAAAGUAUCCCUCAAAAGUUGAUAAGUUUGAAAAUGAAACUGAGUCCAAUUUAAAAACGCAAACUCCAGAUAAGCCGUGCUACGAUGUUAAACCCAAUCGUUCACACGUUAGUCCUGUAAAGGAUGUUCCGGAAAAAGUUCUACAAAGUACGGACCGUAAACCAGAGAAACUAGUUGGCAACGAAAAAUUAGAUAAAUUUCCUAAAACCAAAAAAGAUGAUAGGAUUAGGCCUACUAGUCCUGAAAAAAGACCAAUGAAAUCAUCGGUAGCAUCAACUGAGUAUGAACAAAAAGAUUCGGUCGAAAAUUUUAGACAAGAAAUUAUAAAAACAGUUGAAGUUGCAGAUGUAACAGACAAUGUCAAGCCAAGAUCCUCAGUAUCUCCAUCACGGCAAGUACCUAAAAAAUCUACUUCACCUACAAGAAGUACUAAAGAUAAUGAGACACCUACAAUUUCCUCGAAAAAAAUAAAUGACUACAGCACCGAAUUUAUUACUUCUGAAAAAGAAAAAGAAGUAUUAGACAGAGUUCAAAAAUCUUUAAGGAAACUUUCCCCAGAUCGUAAAGAAAAAUCUCCAAUUCAAGAAGGCAACGUACCAAAAGCCACAACUACUACCUUAAGAGAUCUAGAAAUAAUAUCUCAAACCGAUGACACUGAAGACUAUUUAACGGAAACUGUUGCACAGAUAACAAAUAAAAAAGUUUUCGAUGAAGAAAUAACUUUAUCUGAAAAACAAAAGGUUGAAAAAAGCAAGGACCAAAAAAUAUCAAGCAAACCUCCCUCAAGAAAUGUUUCUCCAACGAAAAAAGUUACAAAUACAUCUCCUGUGCCACCUAGAAGCAUAUCUCCUAAGAAACCACUGUCGCCGACCGAAAGACCUCUGUCGCCACAGGUACCCAAAGCAAGUGGAAUUAAACCAAGAGAACAAAUAUCUUCUCACCUCAGAAAACCUUCACCAACGUCAUCGCCAACGAAACCCGAUAAGAGUAUUACGUCAGACGUAAAAAAGAUAACAUCAACGAAUAAACAGAUUAAUACUAUAAAAAUAUCUGGUAACAAGUUCCCAAAUAAUAAGGUAUCUCCGACAACUGUACACAAAAUAGAACAGGAACCUAAAAGAACACCAAUAAAUAAAGGUAUUAAAGAUAAUGUGAAAAAAGAGUUAGACUCCAAAAUAACACGAACAGCUAGUGACACAACUUUGAAAUCGAAAAAGACAUUAGCACAGAAAAUUAGAUCGAAACCUGAAAUACAAGUUAAUGACGUAACAACUGGUAAAAUUAAUAAACAAACGACUACCACCACAAAAUUGCUGAAGACUUCACUAAAAGAUCAUCAAACAAAACUACCAACAAGCAAACCUAAAUCAGCAACAGCUUUAAAUACAUCAACUGAUGACGAUGAUGUAAUUAUUGAUGUACAACAAGCUAAGUCCUCUCGUGAAAAUUCUCCCGACCGUAUAUGCCCAACUCCUGUCGGGAACUCAGAAGACAUAGGAACUCCUAGAUUCCCUGAUGAAGUAAAAGAACCGGAUGAUGAAUAUCGUAAACGUAAUUAUCAAGCUAUUCAUGAAACUGAAUCAAUAGUGGAUGAUAUUGUAGAAAUAAGUGAAGAUGACGAAUUAUUUGUUAAAAGAACGAAUGUAGAGUAUUUAAAUGAAGAAGAUGAUAGCCUUCUUAGCGUCAACAGUAAAGUAUCAAAAUUUAUGACAAAAAUAGAAGACGUUUCUAAACCUAAAGACACAACGGCGAAAUUUAAAGAAACCGAAAGAAAAGUGCAUUCUGACUUUAUCGACGAGAAUUUAAAAUCGGACGACUGCUUACUGUCUGUGUCUGAAAAGGUUAACAAGUUUGCUACACGUCCUAUAAAUAGAAAAGAUAACAGAAGUCCUACUCGUAAUAUCGUUGAAGAAUUUGAUAAGCAUACUACAUAUCAGGACGACUACACAAAAUUAAGUGUAAAUGACAAAGCUCAUUUAUUUAUUGAAACAGCAGAAAAUGUUAAAACAGCAAAAACUAAACCUGCACAAAAAAUUGACCGCCCCGAUUUUUAUGAUAUUGAUGAUGAGCUGAAAACCGAUGAUUGUUUGCUGAGCGUUUCCGACAAAGUAAAUAAAUUCGUGAAAACGGCUGAGCAAUUUUUGAGUGAUACACAAGAAAUAGAAGAAAAAGAAAAGAAGAUUAAAGAACAGCAUGAUAAGAUUAUGAGAAAAAUUGUUGAAAAUGUUGACGUUACUCUUUCAAGCACAAAAACUGAUAACCGGACAGACGAUGCUGAAAGAGUUUCAAAAACAAAACCAAAUUUCGAUGAAAGUGUUCGCCGAAACUCUUUUGCUAAAGAAACAGUAUCAUCCAACGCAAAAGUAAAGGAUUUCGUUAGUCCUAACGUAGAAAUCAAUGAAAAGCCUUCUACUGUAAAGAUAACAAUCCUACGAAGUAAUGAAGCCGUAAAAAAGGCUAAGGCAUUAUUUGAAAACAUUGCCACUACUACUCCUAAAAAGACUAAUGAGAUUCCUCAUUCAAAAACGUCAAAAUUAACCGAUAAAACUUUAACCAACAAGUCACCCAAGAUAGAUUCAACCAAAGUUCAACCUCAUUCUUUGGAUAACCACAAUAAAGUUGUAGAUGAUGAUGAGAAGAAAGAAAAAUGUCUCCUAACCAAUAUUAAACGCGAACCUUCGGAUAAAAUGGUAACGAAUAAGUCAGUCAUUAGUCAUGAAAAGAGCCCUCGGAGUAGUCCAACACCUUUAAGACCUCGUUCACCUGAAAAUGUUAAAGCAAAGUCUCCAUCUCGUAAAACAAUAGAAAUCAACACCGAUAUACCGAAGAAAGAUCAUCAUGAAUCAGAAAAACAUGAAAAACCCCAAGACAAAAUACCUGGUUAUCAAAGACCAACAAAAACCAGCCAAAACAAAGAAGAAAUAAAAACAACAGAAGACACCGAAGUAGUAAGCAGCAGACGCGGAAGCGGAAAAUUUGGUGUUGAACUUCGACGAACAAGUACUGAGAGAUCGACUGUCAGUACCGAACGUCGCCGCAGUAGCGUUGAGCACCAUCAGCCCUGCAUAGAAGAUAUCUUUGAUUUGGACCUCCUAGAACAAAUGUUGGAAAAGGUCGUGGGCUAUGAGCAGAGACGUAGAAUAAGGGCACAAAUACGAGUAGCAAAAAAGAAAGUAGAGAAAAGUCAAGUCGAUUCAAAUACUUUCACAAAAACAAAGCACAUUGUUAGUAAAAUUACGAAAACAAGGUCACCUGAGCGCCCACAUAAGUCGCCAGAACGUCAAAAUAAAACUACUACUACGGCUACAAUAACUACCAAUAUUACUACUACUCAAAAAGCUACAUCUCCAGAACGUCAUCCUAAGUCUAUGCCACAAAAAUGCUUAUCUCCUGAACGCGAUGUUAAGUCACGUUUACAUAGAACUUUGUCUUCAGAGCAUGAUGAGCUUAAAGAAGAUAAACCUUUAUUUAAUGGACAUGUAAAAGACAAUAUUAAAGUACCUGAAAAACAAGUCAGAUCGCGUACUCCUGAAAAAUUAACACCAAAAGCACCAACUAAAACUAAGAGUCCAGUUCGUCCACACAGUCCAGAUAAAAAAUCGAGACCUCUUUCACCAAAUAAAACACCCUCUACUAAACCAAAAUCGAAUCGUUUCAAUGAAUAUGCUUCAGCUUAUAUGAAAAAAGUUGGACUCAAAGAAUCUGAUAAGACUGUAGACAUCAAAUCGAAAAAAAUUCCUGUUGAUGAUGUGAAAACAAAGAAAAUUGAAACACACCACACAAUUGAAACUAAACUUUCGUCGUCUACUAAAAAUACUGAACGUAUAUCUUCAAAGGACGCUAUUGAAAUUACUCAACAAAACGGAAAAAGGUCACCAUCGCCAUCAAAAGUUGACAGAGGUCAUACUGUACAUAGGAAGAUUUCUACAGAACGUAACGUUCACACUCCUGAACGCACACAUGUUAGUCCUGAACGCUCUAAUCGAAACAAUGAGCGACUUCAACACAGUCCUGAACGUGCUGUGUACAGUACUGAACCUACAAAGCACAUACCUGAACGUACUAAGCAAAGUCCUGAACGUACUAAGCAAAGUCCUGAACGCGGUCAACGUAGUCCUGAGCGUACUAAACAUGAUUAUGAACGACCGCAACACAGCCCUUCCCGCAAACAUGAAAGUCCCGAAAGAGUGCCUCAUCUGGACUCAAGCAACCCAAAAACCAAUAACUUAAAAACCCGAUCGAGUAAGGAAACUAUUAUCAAAACAGUAUACGAUAUAGAAAAGAAAAUUCCCGCAAAACAAAAGCAAGAGGAAAAACCGUCUUGGGUGACUAACAGGAACUUAAAGAAAAUUACAACAGAGUCUCGUACGUUCAGUUCUAAAAAAAUAGAACCUGAAAAACCAAAAUACCGUCAAGUGAGUCCAUCGAAAGUAAUAUCAAAACCAAUCGAUGUUAUAACAUCCAGUUACGGUCCAGGCCCUCUGGAUACUGACGGUAAACCUCUGUUUGGUAUAAAGGCUUUAAGAAAAGGGGCUUCAAAUAUCCAAGUGAAAGGUACUGUCAUUCGUCAAGAGUUCCACUCGCGGAACGGUGGCGAGCCGGAGGGCACAGUCUCCGUCACGGCGUAUUCUACUGAACCUGAGGAUUUGGAGAAGUUACUGCAGGCUCAAGGUGAAAAACCCUCAAGACUCCAUGGUUUGGCCGCUAUUACUACCACGAAAAAGUUCGGCGGUGAUACCGGAACAACAUUAUAUGAAGUUCACAACAAAGAAGAACGCGCAGCCCUCGAUCAGUUCACGCAUAGUGAUCGUAGAGUCAUUGAAAGUAGAAUAACCAGUGGUAACAGCAGUUUGGACAGAAGGGAACAGAAGUUCACACAGGAGAACAAGGUCAUUGAAAUCGACAAUGAAGAUAGGUUCGGUCAAGAGGAAAGGUCGGAACGAAUUGUAGAUGUUCAAUCGGAAACCACAGAAAGUGUAAAUAAACAUAGUAAUAAAAUGCAGAAGGAGAAGUUUGAGAGAAAUGUAGAAAUAGAGAAAAGAGGAAAGGAGAAGUUGGAGAGGAAAAUGGAAGAACGGAAAACAGUCAGACAGAGUUCCGUAAAAUCUCUAACUGAGAAAUUCAUUAAAAAUGCAAGCGAGACUUCUAAAUCGGAGCGCCACGUGUACCCGAAGGCCGGGCUCAUCCUACGCACGACCACCAUAAAGGAUAGCGUCUCCAGUGAUCCGUCAGCUCACGCUGGUGUAAUGCGCGCAGACAGCGAACACAGCCUGGGAUCUGACGAGGAAGUGACAACCACGACGACCACAGAGCAGGUCGGUGACGGUAUGCGAACGACCACGACCACGACCACGAGAUCUGGUCACACGCGCGGUCAGGAGCGCUCCUUCCUCGACAGCACCACGAAGGUCACCGGGGUUCAGGACAUUCUCACGAGGAUGAAAAAUGCUGAUAUUGUAAUCGAGGAGGGUGACAGCAACGCAGACACAGAAGCCCGCGCGCUGCUCAACAAGUUCCUCGGCGCCACCGUGCUCAUGGCCGGCAUGCAGAGCUACGUCGCCGAGAAGCCUUCGGGAAAGGUCGUGAUCAAGGUCAGUAAAUAUUUCACAUGACUUCACCCAGUGGAA